AUGGUGGUGGUGGCGAAGUUCUCUGAAGACCUCGAAGUGGAGGAGCAGCUCGUGAGGCCGCUGCAGCAGGGCCACUCUGCCGAGGUCGUGGCCACCGCUGCAAAGCCGCCACCGGGGGAUGUCGACGCCGACGCUGCAACAUCGGCGGAGGAGGGAGCAGCGCUCACAGCUGAAGCGAGCCUCACUGUGAAGUACAUCAACAAGCAUGGCCCUGAGUGUUUACUUCCCUGCGAUGCACGUGAUGGAGAGGAGCGUCUGGCCAGGCUGGCCGCAUGUGGGUUCCAGAUUGAAGAUCCACAGGAGCAAGGAGGCGGGUUUGUCGCGUCCCUGGACGUGCAGGACUUCUCCCCACAGGACCUGGCCGUGAAGGUGUCUGGAGACAAGCUGGUGGUGGCCGGACGGCGCGAGGUGAAGAGCGGAGAAGUCAGCAGCGGCAGCUACAGCCACAGCUGCCAGGAGUUCCACAGGGAGACGCAGCUGCCCAGGAACGUGGACCCGCAGAGCGUGAGCUGCUGCUUGACUGAAGACGGGAAGCUGAAGUUCAAGGCUCAGCGCCGCGCCCUCCCUGCAGCGGCCGAGAGGGUGGUGGUCAUUGAGCAGCCAGCGACAGCGACUCCUGGCACGGCCUCUCAGUCCACUGGCACCACUCACGCGUAGAGUGGCGCCUGGAGGAUCCAUUCCAGCAACCUGCUUUAUUGAUGUUUUAAUUGUAUGGAUAUUUAGUUAAAUCAGUUUCUUCUAUCCACGCAAUGUUCAGUAAUAUUUACGUGUUUCAGCGUUCACAUUCAACUUCAUUGGAUUAGGUGUUUAUUUUCCACAGUCUAAUUUUCGAACUACUAUAAUAUAUACUGUUUGUGUGAAUGGUAAUGAUGUUUGUUUUUUGUAUUAAAAUGCCUUUCAAUUUCCUGUAACAGUUGCAACUGUUCUUUUUUUCUACAUUGUGUUUGUUUCAUCGUUACUGUGGAUCAGAGUUCUGGACACAGAAUUCCCCAAAACUAAGACAACCGGUAACGCGGCCUCAUUGCUCCCUGUCCAUGACAACUCCCAAGGUGCCAGGCUCACGCCGUCGGCCCUGCCGAGUCACUCCGAACUCAGAAUCUGGGAUUGGCUUGCAAUGAUCUAAGGUCAAUCUUACCACUUCACAUUUCACUUGUAUCAUCCUUCAAUUGGUAGUAAAUCCGUCGCUAAGGAAUUGGCCCUCAAAUCGUGGGGACAAUCGUACCACAGAAAAAUUAGUUUCCAUUUAAUGUUUGCGGCACAGAGAAUGUAACUAGUUACAUGAUAACAUCGCUGCUGUAGCAGUGUAAGUCACGCUGCUAUUAAAAUAUUCUAUAUCUCGAGUUUCCUGGCUGGCUGCUGGCUGUGCUUCUCUCCACCCCAACAAUAACUCCGUUGUUAGUGGGUGCAGGAGACAAUAGGGACACCAACAAGGUGGGAAUAACCAGAACAGUAUUUGAAGACUCACACGGUUAAUUUAAAAUUUCACUUUCAAUGUAUGCGACAAUUAACGUCAUUAUUUUUGACAAAAUAACUUGUUUUAUCCUAGAGAAUUAGAAACUAAAGCUGAAGACAUUAAACUAGCGCAAUUAAAAUGUACGAUUGAUUGUAAAGUUAGCAAAAUAAAUAAAUGAUCUAAUUCAUAUACUAUAUUCUUGGUUCUUUCGGUAAAGUCACCAAGAAGGGAAACAAUACAUUAAUAAAGAUAUAAAACAAUAAAAUUCUCACAAAUCAAAAUUCAUAUACUGUUGAUUUAUUCACUCCAUCUCCGCACUUGACACUGCCGGUUGUGUCCCUCCUUAGCUCCCAUUCCCACGUUAGUCUCGACCACCGGCCGUCAUCACUUCAAGUUGUGUGUCCUGCCUCACCCCACCUUUCUAAACUAAAAUUACGUCCUUAAUUUGCAUAUGAUGUCCAAUUGACGUGUCCGUCUUCCAGUAUCAGUGUAAUUCUUAGGAUGUGCAUCAUCUCUACGCUUCCUUGUGCAUUUCUAAACAUUGGUUCUAUUUUCCGUUUGUGAUGAAUCUGUUUGAAAAAAACGUUGUGCUUAAGGUAUAUGGCUCAGUUACGUUUCAUUAUUAAGUUAAGAUAACAAUAAGCACUUUGCUCUGCCCUGAUACGCCUCUCUUAAUCAUUUUCAUUCCUCUUCCCUUCAACAACCGCCCUACGUGUAGAUGCACUUCUGUGUUUUCAAGGCUGUGUCCCUGUUCUUUUUGCGUUCAGUUUGUUAUUCACCCGCACCUCCAGUAAAGCAUGGUUGGCUGCGUACGGUGCGAAAGAAGUUCACCAUGCAAACAUACGCUGCGUUGAAAAAUUAUUCUACUGACUGCAGACCAAACCUGGACAGAUUUCUCAAUACGAGUGCAAUAUCGAGGGUACAGAUCAAUACCACCUGAACACAGAUGCUAAUUCCCGGACGGGUUGCAACUCUAGCCAUGCCCAUGCAAACAUACACAACAUCUUGACCAUGAAUCGCCUAUGCGGCAGAUUAAAUGUCAAGCAUUUAACAUUGAAUUCCGAUCUACUUUUGUUCGUUUUGAUUUAUUUUGGCGCAGCUUCAAGUAAGUCUUUUUGAUAUAAUUAUUGUAUUGUCAUUUACUGUAUAAUUAUGAUAAUAGACCAAGCACUGAGACAUUGCCCAGGGUUGGUCUACAAUCGAAAAGGUGGCAACCCCAUAGCACACCCUCCUGUUCCAGUGUUAACACAUCGUAUGUUUGUAUCUUGAACUUCUUUCGCACCGUACGUAGCCCACCGUGCUAA